CCCAACAUUUGGUCGUUCGAAUAUCAAGUGGAACCCGAGGUUUACCAUGACGCUUUGGUUUCUUCUAAAGACCUGAGUUUCCUGCGGCACCAGAUCUGGGUUGACUCAAAUUCCUCGUUUUCAGACCACAUCGAUUUUAUACAACAAGAGAUCCAACGCAGAACAGAGUCACCCAACUCGCAGUUAUCUACACUAUUACUCUAUCUAGCCACAACUUCGGCACUCUCAAUGUUCCACACCAUUGCUCGGGAGGAUGUGAUGUUUUGGUAUACUGAAACGAGGUUUUAUCAUACCCGGGACAUCAGUGUGUGGAAGAUUCGCCCUUGUGAGGAGACCUUCAAUAGGCUCCAUCCACAGUAUCAGUCAACUCUGCUGCAGCUGCAAUGCAGCUAUCCUGCGGUCAUUGAUUGGCUUCCGUUCCCCUCCAUUCGUGACUGUCUCAUUUGCUAUCAUGCCGCUAAUCCUUGUAUUGAUCAAGUUGUCAGCGACAUCGUCGGCAUGUAUGUUGUCGAAGCUUUACUAAGCGACUUGAUCAUAGAUUCGCCUCCUAUGCAGGUGUACAUCAAAGUAGCGGAUCUUGUCCAAGCAAUGGAGGCAAUUUGUGUGGACUUCAGCGAGGAACCGCUGUCUUUGCCAACGUCUAGGGCGACAGACAUUUUUGACUUGCUGAAUGUUGCCUUAGCCGUUGCGAAUCAUUUACAGAUCGAAAGCCGGCUGGACAGAUACAAAGUCGGUCCCCGGCUUUUCAUCAAACUUCCCGAGUUCCUCGAAAGCGCUGGGGAGCUCAUGGCACAUGGUACGCCGCUACGGCCGGAGUAUUCAUCGUACCUCUCGUUCCCCACCUCGAUGGAUACCAAGACAGCAUCUUCAUAUCGCAACUUUAUUGCUUUUACUUGCUUCAAUGUAUAUGAAAGCCAAGGAUAG